ACGAAUGUGAAUCAUUUAAACACAUUGGCGAUAGAAAAGAUCGUACACGAGCACUGAUAAGUCUCAUGAAGGGAAGAGACUUAAACGUCUUGGAUGGAUUUAUGAAAAAUGUCAAACGCUACAAUGAAGAAGUUGCUCAUAAAAUUCUCGUCGAUGCAGAAAGAAGUAGUGUGCAAAAAGGUACGCAGAAGAGUACGUGUGUGAUUUGUAAAAUAGAACAGGACAUCAAUAUCAAGGAUGUUGCUGAUAGUUUGUGGUCUGUAAAAGCUAUAGAUGAUAACCUAUACGGUCAAAUUAUACGUCCAGAGUCAAAUUCAGAAGAGCAGAAAACACUUUGGAAGAAGGUUUUUCAAUCAGUAAACUCUUUACAUACUGAACACUUUGAUUCAGCGAAAAUAAAACUAAUGGACUGUCUCUCUAAACACAGCGUGAGUUUGGAAAAAAAUGACAAUAUCUUUGAGAAAAAUCAGACAAAGCUAAUUUGCACUUGUGAACUGGACAUUGGAUGCAAAAGCAUUGACUCAUGUUCUGGAGCGUCGGGCACUGUGAUCAAACCUGGCUUUAGUAACCCAUCAGGCGAGAGUAUCUCAAACACAGUGGUAAUUCCGGUUAUUCAUGGCGGUAAACGAAACAACUCGGUUCCAGUAUGCAAGACAGCUCAUUUAAACGCUUCAGCCACUGGAAACGACAGGAAGUUCUUUGACAGUUUGAUGAAGCCCCCAGUGCUCCCAAAGAGGCCUUCAUCACUGAGGAGACAUUCAAAAGGCGACCUUCAAUCAACAAUAAGUCCUGCAAAAUCUCUUGACACAUCAGAUGUCUCUUUGUAUGACACUCCUCGAACAUAUCUAACAUUACCAAGAAGUAGAUCAAGUGAACAAACAUCAGCUUUAGACGACGCAACACAUAAAUCACCUCAAGAAUUUUGUACAGACGAGGCAAUGAAUGACCAGCCUGGAAAGUCUCCUUUAGCCACGUGUGGAAUCCCUGCACUUCCGGUAAAGAAAAGCAAAUUUCCGGCCUGGAAAAAGGCUAAGGAACAAGGUCCAUCAUUUGUAUGAAUGAAGCAGGACAACUGGUUUCUUUAAUGUACAAAGGAAUAAUAUUUACUCAAUUCGAAAUGAAUUAUAUGUAUAUAUGAUAUCAAGAUUUUUCUUGAAUUUUAGUACUAACAAAAUAAAUACAUGAAAAAGGUUACUUCAUUUGCAGUAUGACAAAAUAAUAAUGCAAGAAUUACACAAAACAAGUUCAUCACUCAUUAUUAAUUACCCAUUCUUUAUUUGGAUCUGAAGAACAGAAACGUUGAGACUUUGUCAUUUCUAACAUCGAUCAACGGCACUGAAAAAAAAAAAGAUUUAGUAUAGCACUAUGUAUGUGUCUCUCAUAUGUGAUUAUGAAACGAUUAAUUUACAACUUUCAAAGCACAGAUGGGUGAUAUCUUUUGUGUUUGAAAUUUUCAAACAAACUCUAUUGACGAUGUUUUUUCACGUGCUACUUUCAAAGCAAACAGACGAAAAUAACUUUUCUAUGUGCUAUUUUAAAAAAACGAAAAUUACGUUUUCCACCAUGUGAGAUUUUGAAAGCAAUCAGAUGAACGAAAAAUACUUUUUUCACGAGCGACUUUCAAAACAAGAGGAAGGGUGACAAUAACUUUUUUCAGGUGUCGUUUUAAAAGCAAAAUAACCAGAGUUUGCCGAUUUUCAUUGCAAAUGGACGGACAACAAAUAAUUGCAAUAGAUAAUGAAUGAAGAUAUGCACGAUUUUCAAGUUAAACCUAACACAUUGUAUAUAAAGGCACAUUUUGUUUUUAAAAUAUUCUUACGUUAUUAUUGUAAGAAUGGUGUUUUUUGUAAUACAUAUUACAAAUUGAUUAGACUGAAGCUAAGAUAGAGAGA